AAAAUUGGCACGACUUGUUCUUCGCCGCCCCACCAAACACCCUCUCCUCUCUUUUCAAUCUACUACCUCUAUCCGCCUAUACAACAUACAACUACUCUUCUCAUUCCCUAAUAAUUCCGCACCCAUGGUUUCCUUCUCUUCCAUUCAAUUUCAACCCCCCGCCGCAGCCAUUUCUCCCCGUACUUCAAUCCUCCUCUCUCACCACCACCACCAUUCCGAUCAAUUGUCUCUCUCCUCAUCGCCGCCGCCGCCGCAGCCGCGCCGCCUCCACUGCAUCCGCGCGAUCGACGCCGCGCAGCCGUACGACUACGAGGCGUACCUGUUCAACCGGUUCAGCCAGUCCAGCAAGCUCAAAAUCGCCGUGGUAGGGUUCGGAAACUUCGGCCAAUUCCUGGCCAAGGCCUUCAUCCGGCAAGGCCACACCGUCUUCGCCCACUCCCGCUCCAACUACCACGCCGUCGCGCAGUCCCUCGGCGCCGCCUUCUUCCCCGAUCCGCACGACCUCUGCGAGCAGCACCCCGACGUGAUCCUCCUCUGCACCUCCGUGAUCUCCACCGAGUCCGUCCUCCGGUCCCUCCCCCUCCAGCGCCUCCGCCGCAACACGCUCUUCGUCGACGUCCUCUCCGUCAAGGAAUUCCCCAAAAACAUCUUCCUCCAAAUCCUGCCCCACCACUUCGACAUCCUCUGCACGCACCCCAUGUUCGGCCCCGAGAGCGGCAAGCUGACGUGGCAGAACCUCCCCUUCGUCUUCGACAAGGUCAGGAUCGGCAACGAGGACUCCCGAAUCAACCGCGUCGAGGCCUUCUUAGAUAUCUUCAAAAAGGAAGGCUGCGCGAUGGUGGAGAUGAGCUGCGCCGAGCACGAUAAGUACGCCGCCGGGUCGCAGUUCAUCACGCACACCAUGGGGAGGAUUCUGGAGAAGCUGCAGCUCGAGAGCACUCCGAUCAACACCAAGGGCUACGAGACGCUGCUGAAUUUGGUGGAGAACACCGCCAGCGACAGCUUCGAUCUGUACUACGGCCUCUUUAUGUAUAAUAAGAAUGCGAUGGAGCAGCUGGAGAGGUUGGAUUUGGCGUUUGAGGCGCUCAAGAAAGAGCUGUUCGGCCACUUGCACGAGGUCUUGAGGAAGCAGUUGUUUGGGAAGUCGGAGGAGGGCGGCCACCGGAGGCCGAUGCUCGCCAAAUUGCCCAAGCAUGGGACUCCUCCGUUGUUGCCAUCUCAAUCGGAGGCCGUUGCCAACAACAACAAUUAAUUAGGCUGUUUUGUGUUGUAUUAUUAGUGAUGAUUGAAAUUGUGUUUCUAUUUAUAGUAUCAUAUGAGCUGAUUGAAUUUUGUAACUUUGGGUAACACAACUAUGGAGCAUUUGAUAUUGUGACAA